GAUGCGGAGGAGGCGGUGCCACGCGCCCUCCGCGCAUCCUCCCAGCUCCCCAGCGCGAGCGCACAGCGGUGUGCGGCGUUUGAACGGACGAAGGCAUGCUGCGGAGAGGGCAGCGCGACGGGGGAGUGGAUUUCUGACAAGCAUGAGGGAAAACUCCGUCUUUUUGGGGUGAAAACUUCUGGACGCCGCGUCUGUUUGUUGGAUGGUUUUCGUCGUAUCGGAGGGAUAUUUAUCUGUUUUCUGUCACUAACGGUCCACCUUUUUACCUGGCUCAGGUCUGCCUUUUGUAUAGCUAGACCCCCUAAAAUACACUAUAUACCUGUUGUUUUUGUCUUGGAAAAAAAAUUGGGGGAAAAAUGUGAACAUUUUUUUAAGUCGCCCCGCUCUCUGGCAUCUGAAACAGCUGGGCCGUGUCGUGAAGAUUUCCCGUCAUUCCCCCUCUUUCGUCUCACGAGACCGUCUUCUAGUGACCUUUCAGCAAAAUGCGCCACGAUUUAAUCGAAUUAACUACAUGAUUUUGAAUCCGAGGAAUCCCCUUUUCAGACAGGAAAGUCUUCUCGCACAUCUGCUGGAGUAAUAAUACAAAAAGAGAAGAUGGAAAACGAGGUUUUCGCCCCAUUGCUGGAGCAGUUCAUGCUCACACCUCUGGUCUGCUGGGUGAGGACGGUGGGGCAGCCGAAAGUGAGCGAUGGCACCAAAUUAUCAGAAUACAUUGAACUGGUGGAUGGGAUUUACCUGAACGAGAUUAUGCUCGAGAUAAACCCUAAAGCCGCCGUGCAGCGGACCAACAAGAAGGUCAACAAUGACCCCACACUGCGGAUUCAAAACCUUUCCAUCCUCAUCCGACAGAUUAAAUCCUAUUACCAGGAGAGCCUCCAGCAGCUGGUGAUGAUGCCUUUGCCAAACGUGCUGGUGCUGGGGCGAAACCCUCUCUCUGAACAAGGUCUGGAGGAGAUGGGAAAACUUCUGCUGCUGCUUCUUGGCUGUGCUGUACAGUGUGAGAAGAAGGAAGAGUACAUUGAGCGGAUCCAGACUCUGGAUUUUGAGACCAAAGCUGCCAUAGCAUCCCACAUCCAAGAGGUGACUCACAACCAGGAGAAUGUGAUGGACCUGCAGUGGUUGGAAAACGGGGAAGUUCCUGCUGAAGAUUUGGACAACCUCUCUAGAAACUUGGCUUUCCAGCUGAAACGGCUGGUGGAUGAAAGGGACACACAGCUGGAGACUAUUGUGGAGUUAACCCAGGAGAGGGACUGUGUGCAGCUUUCCCCGCUGGCCUCUUGUACAUCCCAGUCUCCCGGAGACUCGCCGAGCAUCCGAAGAACGGAAAGCCGACAGCACCUUUCUGUGGAGCUGGCCGACGCCAAGGCCAAAAUCAGACGCCUACGGCAGGAACUGGAGGAAAAGAGCGAGCAGCUUCUGGACACCAGGCAGGAGUUGGAGAACGUUGAAGUGGAACUCAAGAGACUCCAGCAGGAUAACUAUCAGCUGUUAUCAGAUGCGCGGUCGGCUCGGGCGUACCGAGAUGAGCUGGACGCACUCAGAGAAAAAGCCAUACGAGUCGACAAACUGGAGAGUGAUCUUUGCCGGUACAAGGACAGACUCCAUGACAUCGAGUUCUACAAGGCCCGAGUGGAGGAGUUAAAGGAGGAUAACCAAAUAUUGCUGGAGACCAAGACCAUGCUGGAAGAGCAGCUGGAUGGUUCCAGAACCCGGUCUGACAAACUUCAUCUCCUAGAGAAGGAGAACCUGCAGCUUAAAUCCAAGAUUCACGACAUGGAGAUGGAGCGUGAUCUGGACCGCAAGCGCAUGGAGGAGCUGCUCGAGGAGAACCUGGUGUUGGAGAUGGCCCAGAAACAGAGCAUGGACGAGUCGCUGCACCUGGGCUGGGAGCUGGAGCAGCUGUCAAAGACACCAGAGCUGACUGAGGCCCCACAGAAGUCUCUGGGAGAAGAGGUGAACGAUCUGACCUCCAGUCGCCUCCUGAAACUGGAGAAAGACAAUCAGGCUUUACUGAAGACGGUGGAGGAGCUGAGAGGAGCCGGAAGUGUGGAAGCCAUGUCGAAGCUGACCAAAGUCAACCAGGAAAACCAGAAACUGAACCAGAAACUGGAGCGACUGGAGAGUGAGCUGCUGGCCGAUAGAGAGUCUCUCCGCAGUGCAGAGUCACUCAGUACGGACUUGAUGAAGGAGAAAGCUUUACUAGAAAAGACUCUAGAAACUCUAAGAGAAAACUCAGAGAGACAGCUGAAGGGCCUGGAGCAGGAGAACAAGCACCUGAGCCAGACCAUGUCAUCCCUGCGUCAGCGCUCCCAGGUCGGAGCCGAGGCCCGGGUCAAGGACGUGGAGAAAGAAAAUCGAGUCCUUCACGAGUCGAUCUGCGAGACGACGGCCAAACUGAAUAAAAUCGAGUUUGAAAGGAAGCAGCUACGUAAGGAGCUUGAAAUGAUGAAAGAGAAAGGUGAAAGAGCAGAGGAGCUGGAGAUUCAGAUCCAGAAACUGGAGAGGGACAACGAGAGCCUUCUGAAAAAAGUCGCCAGUCUUGGAAUCACCUGUGAGAAGGUGUCAUCUCUGGAGACGGAGAACACCGAGCUGGAAGCUGAGGGCCGCCGUCUCAAAAAGAAACUGGACGCUCAGAAGAACCUGGCCUUCCAGCUGGAGGCUCUGGAAAAGGAAAACUCUCAGUUGGAACAGGAAAACCUGGAGCUCCGGCGCUCGGCCGAGAGCAUGCGGUCAGCGGGGGCCAAAGCUGCUCAGCUGGAAGCCGAGAACAGGGAGCUGGAAAGCGAGAAGAGCCAGCUGAAGCGCAGCUUGGAGCUGCUCAAAGCCUCUUCUAAGAAGACCGAGAGAUUAGAGGUGAGCUACCAGGGCCUAGAUACGGAGAACCAGCGCCUGCAGAAAGCUCUGGAGAACAGCAGCAAGAAGAUCCAGCAGCUGGAGGCCGAACUGCAAGACAUGGAAACGGAGAAUCAGACGCUGCAGCGGAACCUGGAGGAGCUGAAGAUCUCCAGCAAACGACUCGAGCAGCUCGAGCAAGAGAACAAGAAUCUGGAGCAGGAAAGCUCCCAGCUGGAGAAAGACAAAAAGCUCCUGGAGAAGGAGAACAAGCGGCUGAGGCAGCAGGCCGAGAUCCGUGACUCCAAGCUGGAAGACUGCAACCAGAGAAUCUCCUCUCUUGAGAAGGAGAAUCGCACCAUGGGCAAGGAGAUGAUUUUCUUCAAGGACUCCUGCACACGAGUCAAAGAGCUGGAGAAGGAGAACAAGGAGCUGGUCAAGCUGGGGAGCAUUGAUAAGAAGACACUGAUGACUCUCAGAGAAGAGCUUGUCAGUGAGAAGCUCCGCACUCAACAGAUUAAUAAUGAUCUGGAGAAGCUGACGCACGAGUUGGAGAAGAUUGGGCUGAACAAAGAUAGGCUCCUUCAUGACGAGAGCUCAGAUGACAGGUUUAAGUUGUUGGAGAGUAAACUGGAGUCGACCCUGAAAUCAUCUCUGGAGAUUAAAGAGGAGAAAAUCGCCUCUCUGGAGGCCAGACUGCAGGAGUCCUCCAACCUCAACCAGCAACUACGGCAGGAGCUGAAAACAGUAAAGAAAAACUACGAGGCGUUGCGUCAGAGGGAAGAGGAGGAGAGGAUGGUUCACAGCUCCCCCCCUAAAGGAGGCAAGGACCCACAAACUGACAGUAAAUGGGCGAAAGAGAGCCAUGAAGCCACCAGAGAGCUGCUGAAAGUGAAGGACCGACUCAUCGAGGUGGAGAGGAAUAAUGCCACUCUGCAGGCAGAGAAAGUGGCUUUGAGGAGCCAGCUCAAACAACUGGAAACUCAGAGCUCCAACCUGCAGGCUCAGAUCGUCGCCCUGCAGAGACAGACGGCCUCUUUACAGGAGAACAACACGACUCUGCAGACCCAGAAUGCAAAGCUGCAGGUGGAGAACUCCACGCUGAGCUCACAGGGUGCAGCUCUCAUGGCCCAGAAUGCCCAGCUGCAGAGCCAGCAGAGCGGCGUCGAGGGAGAGCGAGACGGAGCACUUAAAGACAAAGAAGAGCUGAGAGCCACUUAUGAGCUGCUGCUCCGAGAUCACGAGAAGUUGGCGGCGCUCCACGAGAGGCAGGCGGCUGAAUAUGAAGCUCUGAUCGGGAAGCACGGCGGCCUGAAGACCUCGCACAAGAGCCUGGAGCAACAACACAGAGACUUGGAAGACAAGUACAAACAGCUUUUGCAGAGAAAAGGAGAUCUGGAGGAGCUGGAGAAAAACCUGAGAGGACAACAGGAAAAGAUGGCUCUUGAUAAAGAGACUCACGAGGCCACAGCUGACCAGUGCAAAACGCUCAAAGAGGAGAAUGAAAGACUGAAUUCAAGCUAUCGUCAGCUGCUGAAGGACAACGAGAACCUUCAGCUGGAUCACAAGACCAUAAAAACCCAGCUGAACGGCGCCAAACUGGAGCAGACCAAGCUGGAAGCAGAGUUCUCUAAACUGAAGGAGCAGUACCAGCAGCUGGACAUCACCUCCACCAAGCUCACAAACCAGUGUGAAUUACUGAGUCAACUCAAAGGAAACUUGGAGGAAGAGAACCGCCAUCUGUUGGACCAAAUCCAGACCCUGAUGCUACAGAACCGCACACUUCUGGAGCAAACGAUGGAGAGCAAAGACCUGUUCCAUGUGGAGCAAAGACAAUACAUCGAUAAACUAAAUGAGCUGAGGAGGCAAAAGGAGAAGCUGGAGGAGAAGAUUAUGGACCAAUACAAGUUUUAUGACCCUUCACCACCACGCAGGCGUGGGAACUGGAUCACUCUGAAGAUGAAGAAACUAAUAAAGCCGAAGAGUCGGGAGAGGAUGCGUUCCCUCACGCUGACUCCGUCUCACUCGGAAUUCGGUGACGCUUUCCCGACGCUUCCCAUGGACAGCCAGGACAGCUCAUCUGUCGGCUCUGGCUCCAACUCGCUGGACGACACGCUGCAGCAGAAAAACAGCAUCAGGAGGCGAGGGCAGCAGUCCCAUGCCCAAGGGCAGGGGUCCUCCAAUGCUAUAAAAAGGUUGCCUUUCAUGAGGAACAGAUCCAAGGACAAAGACAAGCUGAAGGCCAGCUACCGGCGCUCCAUGUCCAUGAAUGACCUGCUGCAGACGAUGGCGGUGGCCAGCGCUCCGGGUUCACAGUGGCCCGGCAGCACCGACAAUCUGGACGACGGGCCUGCAGCCAGAGACGCUGGCGUGGUGAGCAGCAGCAGGAGAGGGGGGCAGCGCAUGAAGGAGCUCGCCUUUUCAACCAACGCCAUCGACUGCACCGCCCUGACCCUGCCCACCGCAGGACGCAGCAGAGCCAAGAACCGGCUGCAGGUCAAAGAUAAUAUCUCUUGCGAGGAUGUUGCCGCUUCUUCAGACGAUCCUAAGAGUCAAGGCCUGCAGGGGUACAGCAGCGCUCAUGCUCUGUGUCCUCCUCCUGCUGAGCCCAGCGCUUUGUGCAGAGUGCCCUGUGGCGUCUGUAGUACGGUGAACGGCAGCCUCAGCCGGCCACACAGUGAGAGCAGCGGCGAGUUCAGCCUGAGCCUGGACCAGGAGGUGUGGUCCAGCAGCGGCAGCAGCCCCGUCCAGCAGCCCGCCGCCUCCCGCUCCACCCACCAGAGCCCCCUGCUGGCGCGCCGCUCUCUGGAGCUCCCCGGCGCCGGAAACAAGAAAGGCGGCUCCCCCAGCGAGGUGCUGUCCCUGCAGCAGUUCCUGGACGAGGGCAUCGAUCCUGCAGAGUCCGGGAGUCAGGAGAACCUCACGGUGGAUUCUCCCCGCCUCUCCACCUCCUCUGAGCGCGCUCCUAAAGAGCGCCCCUCCACCAAAGGCCGGGGGAUAAUGCGCUCCUCCAGCGGGAGAGCGGCGCCGGCCAGCACCGACCGCCCACAGAAAUCCCUUGCACAGCCGGGCCGGCCCUCGCUGAGGAAGGCGGAGAGCACCCGCGUCAGAGGCUCCGCCCCCCUCCGCUCCAGCCUGUCCUCGCAAAGCAAAGCCACGUCGGUCUCCGAACGCCUAGACUCCGCCUCCUCCACGCUGCCCCGAGCCAGCAGCGUCAUCUCCACGGCCGAGGGCACCACCCGCCGCACCAGCAUCCACGACCUGCUGUCCAAGGACCACCGCCAGCCCGUGUCCGUGGACGCCUCCUCCUGCUCCGCCUCCCCCAAGACCGGGGUCAAGUCCCAGCCGACACCCAGUGAGUACCACCCCACCAGCACCCACCUCACGCCGCCGCUCACCACGCCGGCCCCCAUGCCAAAGUCAGUCAGCCUGCCGUGCCGCGGCCUGGAAGACUCCGACUUCUCCACUCUGGAGUCUUUCCUCGGCCCCUCCUUCACCGUGGAGUCCGUCUUCAUGGACUCCAUCUUUAGCGAGUCGGCGGGCGACCGCCUCCCCAUCCUGUCCCUGAACCCCUCGCUAGUCAGCAACAUCAGCGGGCCUCCCGUUACUAACCAGAACCAGGGGGGUCCCACCGCAGCCAGCAGUAAGGAUAAAGGUUCUGAUCCCAAUGUGAGCGAUCUGGACCAGAACCCAGAGGACAACCAGUCGCUGUGGUUCGAGUACGGCUGUGUGUGACGGAGCGGACGCUUCCUGUCCUGCAGAACGACUUCUGACGAGGGAAACCAUUCUGUGCAUGAGCUUCCCGCAUUCUUCCUCUGUGUUUGGGUCACUUCCUGUCUGUCUGACACGGUGCUGAAUUCUGACUCCUUUUUAUUUUAUUUUGUUUUUGAGAUGGAACUUUGUUCAAAUCUUUUGUCAUGAUUUUAUUUUGUUUAAAUCUGAUUGUUUUACUGCUAUUAUCUGCUGCACAGGCUUCAGAUCACAACGCCAUUUUCUCAUUUUUUUAAACCAUUUUUGUUUAAUGUAAAUUUAGAUUUAGGUGAAAGAAGCUUUUUCUGUGACGUCCCAAAGAACACAUUGAAGCCCUGCAGAGACUCGGAUAAUAGAUUCAUUUUUCUGUUCUGAUGUUCUGAUGUUUUUCACUGUGACUGACCUGCAUGACUUUGGUCAGUCCGACCUGAAACACUCAUUCAAUCCUCGCGAUCCGGAUGAGUUUGUCACGUUUUCGUGUGAUGUGUGCAGUGUGUUUUUGUUUUGUUUGACACAUUGAGAGAAUGGAUCUUAUCUGACCUCUGUGGCUGCUGGGAAAAUCACAAAUGUGUCUUUCUGUUGGGAAAAUCGUCAGUUAUAAACUCCAUUAGUAUUAGUUUUGGCAGCUUAAACAGGCGUAAAAAGUUUUUUUUUAAUAUUUAAGCUUAUUUAAUCCCUCUGAUGCAUCAAAAUGUCUUGAUGUUUUUUUUUAUAUAUAUCUUUAUUUAUUUUUCACUUUUUUUGCUCUUUUAUGUUUUUUUUUAUUGAUUCUUGACAUAAAUCUGACAUAAAUGCA